CAAACGCGAAGCGUUUGUGUAAAUUCGAAUUGGGGGUGAGUUUGGCGCUUAUCGCGCUGGCAAGCUGGUGCGGGUAAUGAAAGACGAUAAAAAUGAGGAUCGAUCUAGUAGAAGUUGAAGUAUCGACGGAGGAUAGCUCGUCUACCAUUGCUGCUACCACCACCGCCACCACAAUGGAUAGCAGCAGCAUGGACAGCACAGACGACUACGAUGGAGUCGAGGCCGAGUUGACAAGUCUCUCCUGGUUGCAGUCACUGGAUAUUACUAGCGCAUCCGGCCUGCCGACGCCACCCUGUUCACCGUCGCCGCCGCCGAUCAUUCGCCAACCCCCAAAGAAGUUGUCGCCCUUGAUCAAGGCCGAACUAGAUCUUGCGGAAAAUGCUGAGAAAUAUCGAACGGAUCCUGAUGCAAAACCGCCGUUUUCCUAUGCCACUAUCAUUUGUCUUGCGAUGCGCGCCAAUAAUAACAAGGUCUCCCUUUCAAACAUCUACGCAUGGAUCCGAGAAAAUUUCUUGUUUUACAAGUACGCCGAUCCAGCCUGGCAGAACUCAAUUCGGCACAAUCUUUCAUUGAACAAGUGCUUCUUGAAGUUGCCACGUUCCAAAGACGAGCCGGGUAAGGGUGGCUUCUGGAAGCUGGAUCUCGAAAGAAUGGAGGAAGGUAAACGAUCCAGGCGCCGUUCCGCGAUCUCGCAGCGAGCUCGGAGCACAAAGAGGCAAUCUCCUUCUAUGACGACAACUACGACAACGACGACGACAACGCCGACAACAACGGUAGCGACAGCGAUGACGCUCAAUGUUCUUCAGACCAGCAGCAGCUGCACGCCGCCCACCAGCUGUUUGUCGAAUACCCUGUAUGAGACCCCGCCUAGUAGCGUGUCACCCCCCAUAACGGACAAUUUGUCAGAGGUACCGGAGUCGACGCAGGUGAGCUUGAGCGAGGACGACUUCACGAGUUUGUUGAUUGCCGGUUGGGACGAAAAUAAUCAACUGGAGCUUCUUGAUCUGUUGGACACCCUUUAA